ACGGCCAGCUCGCACCCCUCCCGUCUCCUCUGUCGACAGCAGAUCCUCCUCCAGCCUCUUUAAACUGCUUUCACCGCCACACAGACGACAUUUCGGGGGUUUGGUCUGUAGCUCUCCGUCCUCGAACCCCUCAUAUCUGCGUGUGUGUUUCUGAGGAUAUUUCUUUUUCUGUCGGAGCGUUUGGAGCCAAAACCGAACACAGACGGAGCUGUGUUUUAGGCUACUUCAGUGGGCGGAUAAAGCGGAGGAGGGCAUCCGGGCCUGGCAGCUCCGGAGAGUCGGCUUGAAACGACGGAAUUCACCAUUUUCAGGCUGUGCACCGCCCUGCUAUGGAGAAGAUGAAGAGGAUCAAGAAGCGUCUGUCGUUAACACUCCGCUCCAGUCAGACCAUCGACGAGUCCCUGUCUGAACUGGCCGAGCAGAUGACCAUCGAGGACGGCGGCACCAAGGACAAUGAGCCCUUCAUGAGGAAUGGCCGCCCCCCUACCUCCCACAGCAUGCACUCCUUCCUGCACCAGUACACCGGCUCCUUCAAGAAGCCCCCGCUCCGCCGGCCGCACAGCGUCAUCGGCGGCACCCUGGGGUCCUUCAUGGCAAUGCCACGUAAUGGCAGCCGUCUGGACAUUGUACAUGAGAACUUGAAGAUGGGAUCAGACGGGGAGAGCGACCAGGCAUCAGGAACAUCAUCAGAUGAGGUCCAGUCUCCUACUGGCGUCUGUCUGAGGAACCGAGUCCACCGGCGGAUCUCCAUGGAGGACCUCAACAAGCGUCUGUCGCUGCCAGCUGACAUCCGAAUUCCCGACGGUUACCUGGAAAAGCUGCAGCUCAGCAGCCCACCCUUCGACCAGCCGCUCAGCCGACGCUCCCGUCGAGCUUCCCUGUCGGAGAUUGGUUUUGGGAAGUUGGAGACGUACAUUAAGCUGGACAAGCUGGGAGAGGGAACCUACGCCACAGUAUUCAAAGGACGCAGUAAGCUCACGGACAACCUGGUGGCAUUGAAGGAAAUCAGGUUGGAGCACGAAGAGGGAGCACCAUGCACAGCCAUCAGAGAAGUGUCGUUACUGAAGGACCUCAAACAUGCUAACAUCGUGACGCUACACGACAUUGUUCACACUGACAAGAGCCUCACGCUCGUCUUUGAGUACCUGGAUAAGGAUCUGAAGCAGUACAUGGAUGACUGUGGAAACAUAAUGAGCAUGCACAAUGUGAAGAUCUUCCUGUUCCAGAUAUUGCGAGGCCUGUCAUAUUGUCAUAAGAGGAAAGUUCUGCACAGAGACCUGAAGCCUCAGAACCUCCUUAUCAAUGAGAGAGGAGAACUCAAACUGGCUGAUUUUGGUCUGGCGAGGGCCAAGUCUGUCCCAACUAAAACCUACUCCAACGAGGUGGUGACUCUUUGGUACCGGCCUCCUGAUGUUCUGCUGGGAUCCUCUGAGUAUUCAACACAGAUCGACAUGUGGGGCGUUGGUUGUAUUUUCUAUGAGAUGGCUGCAGGUCGGCCGCUGUUCCCUGGCUCCACCGUGGAGGACGAGCUCCACCUCAUCUUCAGGUUACUGGGCACACCCACAGAGGAGAACUGGCCGGGCAUCUCCUCCAUCGAAGAGUUCAAAUCCUACAACUUCCCCAAAUAUAAACCGCAGCCGUUAAUCAACCACGCUCCCAGGCUGGACAGCGAAGGCAUCGAGCUGCUGCUGGCUUUCCUAAGAUAUGAAUCCAAGAAGAGGAUUUCAGCUGAUGAGGCGAUGAAGCAUUCCUACUUCAGGCAGCUCGGAAUGAGAGUCCACUCAAUGCCUGAGAGUAUAUCAAUAUUCACAUUAAAAGAAGUGCAGCUGCAGAAAGACCCUGGCUACAGGAACUCCUCGUACCCAGAGUCAGGUAACGGCAAGAUCAACAGGAGGCAGAGCAUGCUCUUCUAAUGUUCAGUGACGAGAAUGGUCGACUGCCCAACUUCAUCAUCACUUCCCACCAACCUCUCUCGCAUGAGCCCACCUCCCUUCAGAGUGACCCUCCCCCCCUUACCUGCACACACACACAUCAACACGCGCACACACCCCUCUGAGCAAGUGACUCUGGGUUGAAUCUAUUUGGAGACUGUGUUUAUUUAUUGGGGGGGUGGUGGGGUGAGGUUGAAUUUUUUGCUGCUAAACUACUACUGUCUGUAUUUAACACACCGUGUGUGUGCGUGUACAUGUGUGUGCGUGCGUGUGCGUACAUGAUGUGAACUCGAGAUGCCAUGCACAGUUGAGCAGUCAGUAAGGUUACUGUUUGUUUUUCCUCUGACUAUGAUUCUCUGGCUUCGUUUGAGUUAGAAUUCCACUGAUGUUGAUGUCGACGCUGUGAUCCAAGUUGUUGUUCUUGUUGUCAUGCUUGGAGAUCGAACGCUUCACUUUCUUCAGAUUUUUUUUUUAUAAAUAUGUAUAUCUAUAUACAGUAUAUAUAUAUUUGGAGUUUAUGUUUUGUUUUUCUUCGAGCUUCCGUGACUGAACUCCACAGCAUUUCUGGGUUUAGAAAGACUGGGACAGCUAGAUGGUCUUGGUUGGGGAGAAGUGGUUCCUCUGGAUUUCCAAUUGUCAUUUUUCCUAAACAUUUCAGACAGACUCUCCUUUCAGAGGUCCUGCUUUCCUCAGGAGGUUACACUGAGGGUCAUACAGCAGGACUGUCAAUGGACUGUCAAUGGACUCUGAUAGUUUUAAGCUGAGGGUAAAAAAGCACAAACAGAGUCCAAUCAAACUGGGAGAACAUAAAGCCAACUUGCGGUUCUUUUGUUCUUUUCAACCACUCUGGCUCAGCAACAAGACCAAACCUGAGGUGGAGGCAAACAGUUGGGAAGACAAACGGAAAGCACGGAUGAAAGAGGAGGAAUACUGGAGCUGAACAGGAAGUCAUGUGAUGUCCCACAGGAAGCCAGCAAGCCUUCCGUAAAACCCCUCACAAAACUGCCAGGACUUCAGUGCUUUUUUUUUUUUUUUUUUUUUUAAAGAAAAUGCAAACUACACUUUCUCGCUCUCGUGUCCAUUUGGAGAUCUCACUGCAGUAACUCUUUGUUUUUAACUUGCACUUCAGUGUGUUGUUUUGGAAUCAGGGACCCGGGCCACAGCAAGGCCGAGUUUACCCAACAGUAUUAAGAUGUGUACUCUGUAUCUGUGACCUUUGACCUCUCCUUGUGAAACAACGGUGUCAUUGUGGCAUGUUUUUCGGAGGGGGUUGGUGGGGUGGGAUAGCGGGGAUCGGGGUGGGAUGUUCAAAAGCAAAAUGGUUGUUUUCCACUUGGCGUCGGACCACUGCUCUCUCCAGCAUUUGUACACAAGAAAGAAAAAAAAGAUUUCAAAUUGAAAUUUUAGAUUUAACUGCCCGCUGUGUUGUUUGCAACUGACAGUGAUGCUACAGAUGCAGCCGGGUGAGAAGUCUCACUUUUGACUGCAUGUUUACUGAAGCUAAUGGAAGGAAAUCUCUCCAGAUCAUUUAAACAGUGUUACAGUGGUGUGCCUUGCAUUCCUGGUUUGAUUUAGUUGCAUCUGUGUUUUUCUUAUUUGUGUGGACCAACAAGGUGUAGUCACAUAUUGUCAAGGUAUGUCCAGCAGCUAUGUGGUGGGAAAAUGUGUUUCAUUUAGGAAAUGCUGCUCGAUAAAUAAAAAGCCAUAGUUAGCAGAUAGUUUGCUUAGCACCUCUAAAGCUCACGUAUUGUGGCUAGCCCAUUGUGUCUUGCUUGUUUACUCUCAAGAUGCAGUAUUUUGGAGAGGGUUAUGUAUUAGGUUCUUUCUUGGCUAGGUGCAGUGACUCCCAUGUGGCAUAUAACCCUCUGCAGAACCACAACUUGGCAUUUUUACACUUUGGCUUUUGUACAAACAAGAUGUCACAUGUGAAUUAGCUAGCAUUUUGUAGGCAGAUUUAUCUUUUUUUAAACUGAAUCAAGCCAGCUGUUUCCCCAUUUCCAGUUUUUAUGCUAAGCUUACCUAAGAUAACCUGCUGCUGGCUCCAGAUUCAUAUUUAAUGGACAUAUAUGAGAGUGGCAUCAAUCUUCUUGUUUAUCUUUUGGUGAGAAAGUGAAUAAGCAUAUUUCUGAAGAUGUCAAGCUAUUCCUUUGAAAGAUUAGUGGUAAACAUUGAGGGAAAGACCAAGUCCUACAUUCACUGCAGCAAGAAAAUAUAUUUUAAAUAUAGGACUGAGUGCAGUGCUUUAGCUUCUUCACUAAAUAACACCAGGGAUGCAUCGGACAUCAUAGGUUGAACAUGUAAGAGUGUGAGAAGAUCUGAGGGGGUUUUCUGUUAUUGCAGCUCAACAUCUACAUGAAAAUUUCAAACUUAUUUUGUGAGAUUUAAAGGAUUUAUCCGAGCAACACCACUAGAGUUCUCUAAUUUGGUAGAACAUACUAGAAAAGUGCUGGAGGCACUACGAAUGCUCGAUAAAGUCAUUAAUAACUGAGAUUAUUAAUGUAAUAAUAACUUUAACACAGUUUGCAGCUAAGAGUGUAAUAGUUGUGUAAACAUACUAUAUUUCCCAUCAUUUCAGUAGUUUGUUAAAUUGAUGAAAAUUACUUUCAGAAGCUCAAUAAAUGAGCUCAUAAAUUAAAGGUCAACACAACAGAAAGUUGGAAGAUACUGGAAGUGGUUUGCAUUUCAAGUCAUAUUAAUGGUAUAGUUUUUCCCUAGCUAGGUUUAAAAUGAGGAGACAUUUUUCCUCCCCUCAUGUUGUAUUACAUAUGCUGUAUCUGCAUGUUUGGAUACUUCACUUUAAAAAACAAAAGAGGAAAGUUUCCCUGUAAUCAGACAUAAGAAUUCAAGAUUGUUACACUAUUAGCUGCAAUCUGUGUUUUUGCUAAUAGGACUUUUUGUACAUGAACAGCAGUGACAUGCAUGAAAGGAGAUUUCUACAAUGGCUAAAUAUUUAUCAUUGUAAAACUGUACUUUUUCAAAUGUAUGAAUGACCUGAAUUUAUGUGAACAUGUCUGAACGCGUGUGUAAGUAUGUGUGUGUGUGCCUGAUGCAUGGAAGGCCUGCUGUGUUGUGAACACGACCUCUCUGAAACACUGAGCUGCCGAUGAACAGUUGGUGUGUGACUCUUUUUACUGGAACUAUUUAUUUCUCAUAACCAUCGAAAGUAAAUUUAAUCUGUUUCAUAAA